AUAACGGAUGUACAAGAAAUUAAAAUUCCACCUGGCUAGAAGAAAGUGAGGUUUCAAUGGAAUUCCAUCAGAUGUCGCUGCUAUCGAAACAGGUUGUCUCCUCUAUUUCUUUCCCCCCAAGAUAUACCUCUUCCUCCACGUGCAUCAAUUGUUAGCAAGUGUUCAUAGUGGACUGUUCUCCAGCCGGAACGGCUCUGGGCGACCAUUUAAAUUUUUUCGCCCAGUUGUUGACGUUCUCUGUCAGACUCUAACCUCUCUUAGAAUGACCGGAAAAAACCGUCAUUACUGCUCAAAUAUGGCAGCAUCACCGACCACAAUUAAUUGCCCAAGCUGAUAAAGAUUAUACAAAACAGGAAACAAUGACCAAAGUGGAUAAUUACUGGUGCCGAUUGGAAUUUCCUAAGCUUCUUAAGUGUUCUUUUUUGUUCUAGGUGAUUAUCUAUUCAAAUUAGGUGCUUGCAAAUACCGUGCAUAGUAUUGAUUAGUGUGCUAAUUAUAUUUAAAUUAAAACCCAAGAACCAUCAUGAAUCCUUGGAUUACUUUAUUUGUUUCGGAUAUGUGCGUUUACAUGCAAUAUAAGUAAAUGCAAAAUAGUGCUAUUUCGUGAUUGUGGCUGUGUUUAGAUAUCACACAUAAUUAAGCUGGUGAUGAUAUACUGGGCUGAAAAAUACGAAAAAUAUCCGAAAUUCGCAGCCUUGAUCUUCCUUUCUGAAAAAGGUUGAUUGUAUCAGGCUGUGUUAUAAUUAUUUUCAUCAAAUCUACUUAAACUUCUUACCUUGCUUGACAGCUUACUCUGAGAUCAAGGUAAAAGGAGUAACAUCAUCUUUACACACGGUUCAGUGAUAGUGUGUUGAUUGGAUACCUCUUCAAGACAAAAAUUUCAACCAUGGAUGUGGAAGUGGCAAAAUAUUUAUCCGAACUGAAUCAUAAGAUUCGAAAAGGAUGCACUGCUCAUAUUACCAGGACGGGAAGGCUGUAUUAUAUGAACCAUGAAACAAAGACGUCAUCGUGGUUGCCACCCGUGGAAUCCUGGGAUUCAGGAGGAAUUGGAUUGCCAUAUGGAUGGGAGGCUGCUUUUGAUCGAGAAGGCAAAACUUAUUUCAUUAAUCACGUGAACAAGACGACCACAUCUGAAGAUCCAAGAAAAGAUUUAGAUGAAGAGCCUCCUCAACCCAGGGACGUGGAGCUCAUCAGAGAUCCCCAAAAGGGAUUUGGUUUCGUUGCUGGGAGUGAAAAACCCGUCAUCGUCAGAUUUGUCACUGAAGGUGGUCCUAGUGAAGGAAAAUUGCUUCCAGGUGAUCAGAUCCUUCAAAUAAAUGGUGAAGAUGUGCUCAAAUCCCCUAGAGAAAGAGUUAUCGAAUUAGUCAGAUCCUGUAAGCAGUCAGUUAAGCUUCAAGUGUGCCAACCAAUAACUAAUAAUACUACUAGGAAAUCUGCUCUCUUAACAGCAGCUAAAAAAGCAAAGCUGAAAUCCAAUCCUUCCAGAGUAAGAUUUGCAGAGGGAGUCGUUAUAAAUGGUUCACCUUUAUACUGUCCGUCCCCAUUUGACUCACAUGUACCUUUCAUGCCUAAUGUCUUAAAAGUAUUUCUAGAAAAUGGUCAAACCAAGUCUUUCAAAUAUGAUAGCACUACAACUGUACAGGAUGUGUUGAAUGUUCUUCAGGAAAAACUAAGUAUAACUUGUUUAGAACAUUUUUCACUAGUUGUAGAACACAUCAAAGCUGUUAGACGGAACAAAUUAUCUAUUCUGAGUCCUAAAGAUACCCUCGCUAAAAUCGCUGCCAGACCCGGAGCACAUCACCUUAGAUGUCUUUUUCGUUUAACAUUUGUUCCCAAAGAUAUUUACGAACUAAUGCAGAAAGACCCCGUCGCAUUCGACUACCUCUUCCUUCAGAGCUGCAAUGACGUAGUGCAAGAGAGGUUUGCUCCUGAGCUAAAGUACGAUGUAGCCCUGAGGCUAGCCGCCCUUCAUCUACAGCAGCACGCCAUAGCCAGUGGCAUGCAAGGGAAGCUUGUAGUCAAAGCCAUAGAGAGGGAGUACGGACUAGAAAAGUUCGUACCCAUGUCUCUUCUAGAAACGAUGAAGCGAAAAGAGCUGCUGAAGCUUCUGAACCAGUUGAUGAAGCAGAAUCAAACACUGAGUGCUCCUGGUCAGAAGCAGCUGACAGCGACACAGGCUAAAUUCCACUACCUGAAGAUAGUCAGCGAUUUGCCAACUUACGGCGCCAAAUCUUUCCCUACAUGUACCAAAAAUUCUGCCAUGGAAAUAGCUAUACUGGUUGGUCCAAGGAUCGGCAUUAGUCAAAUCAGCACCAUUCGGAAUAUAGCUCCCAUUAACCUUGCUCAGUUUGGUGAAUUAGAUAGCAUAGAUGUAUCAAGAGAAGAUGACUUUUCGUACCGAAUCAGAAUACGACUGCGUCAUCCAGAGAAAGAGUGCCUGAGUAUACAAAUGGAGGACAGAGAAACAGAAGAAUUUGUGUUAGUAAUGGAGCGUUACUACAGUCAACUAGUCGGAAUGGAAUUACCAGUUGAUUGGAAAGACAGAGAUCCUGAACCACUUGAAAGAGUGCCCAGCUAUCAUGGUCGUCAUUUAGUCCAAGAUGUCCCUUGGAAUUACUGUCCAUCUACUUCUCCGCCGAAGCAAAUAGACGGUAACAAGCCGAUCAUCAGACAAAUCGAUCUCUCAAUACCACCGCCACCCUAUAUUCCAUGCGAGGAACGUCGACUCUCUCGCAGUAACUCAAGGGACCAAUUCAGUAUCGCAACUAGCCCAAGUUCCGUUGACCACAACAUGAACGAAAUGCAAGCAUUGGUAGCUUCCAUAACCUCCAUGCCAUCCAGCGUCAACAGCUCCCCAAAAAGCGACGUCCCCCGAAAAGACUCAGACACCAAAGACGCCCAAUCGAUAGCAGACGUCGAUUUCACGUCGGAUCAACCAGACCAGGACAUCAAAACACUGGACAAGAACCUGCAGGAAGAAAGACCCACAUUCCAGAACCUAGGGGACAAAGUGGACGUGGGACCCAAACCACUCUACAACUCUGCUGGAGAUAUCGACCUGCACAGCGUCAUGUCUAUAGAGCUGUUGGAAGAAGAGAACGAGAUGGACGAAACGUGUGGGGACAACAUAAUGAAACGAAUCGAGAUCAAAACACACGACGUCAUGAAUCGAGUCACAGAGAUGAACAAAAUAGUGAAAGAUGCGCAGCUGUAUUUACAAAAGGACAGUUGUGAUUCGGAGAGGCAGCAACGCAAAACUGGUGACCUCGGACUGAAGUCGAAUGAUUCGCUGCUCUUCAUUCAGCGUCAUCAAACAGGCGAAGAGUAUAAUAGUGUAGUGACAACCUGCGGCGAAUCACUACCAUCAGAAAGUGAAGCAGAAAGUACUCCAACUAACAGUCCAACACACGCGACCAUGCUGGCUACAGAAGGCCAUGACGCGAACUUCAAAAACUUGUGUUCCAGUUUCGGACUGCAUAGUCCGCAUCUACUCAUGUCCUCUUUGCAACAGCAAGAACCUACGGAGGACGUCGAGGAAUUGCUAAGACAGUUGCAAACGUCAACGAGUUUGCAAUUCGAAGGAGAUACUCUGUGUCUUGAUCCGGAUAUUAUUGAUUUGACUAUCAUACCACCACCUUCGGACGACGUAGAUUUCUGUUGCGUCCCCCCGGAUUCUGUGGACAAUAACAAAUCUUUUCUGGACCAGGAAACAGGUCAACGGAGGGACUUCUAUUGUACAGAAAAUACUAUCCCCGAGGAUCCAGACAUGGACGAGAAUGGAAUCGUCUUUUCAGCAUCAUCCACCGACACUACUCCAAGUUCAUCUCUCACUAUCUCUUCUCUCUCAUCCAGCAGCGAAACACUCACAGCGGCUGAAGACGAUCUAUCGGCCUACAUCAUUCCUCCACCACCCCCAAGCUCCAUAGGGAUUGUGGAAGAACAAAACCGAGUUCUUGCUCGAUUCAGGCAAGCUGCUGAAGAAAUCCGUCGUAUGAUGGCGCACGGAAACGACAACCUUGCUGGAUCCAAAUAUUCUGAAAGCAUGAACUCCGUAAGCAAGUUCUGCACCAUUCCUCGAAGACAUGAAGAAAACCACAGACCUCCCCUGUCAUCUCUGUCUUCAAUGGUGACACCAGUGAGAGACGGCCGGUCAGCAACUUUCUCGGGUUGUCCUGCAACACCUGAAGAGGCAACUGAAGCAAAAGCAAAGGAGGAUCCUGUAAACGGAUCCAGUGUGGAUUCAGAGACUGGCGUGACAUGGAGGCCUCAACCACCUCCAAGGGUGAAAAGAAAUUCUAUUAUUGCUGAUACUAUGAUGGAAUCGAGAAAGAAUUCGAUUAGCAGUCACAAUGGAGACUCCAGACGAAGCUCUGCAAAUCCUGGAGAACAUUUUUCAUUGCCAGUUCAAAGAAUAAAUGAGCAGACUAGUCAGAGUGAUUCUUCGGGUAAUGGACAGUCAGUUUCAUCUGGUGGUAGUAACUCUAGUAACUACCAAACACAGUUAUCUAAUGGGUAUCACAAUGGACACAAAGUAAACACCCAUAAUAGUUACCCUGAAAAAACUCACAACGGAUCCGAGGAAGACUUCUACGUAAAUGGUGAUUACAGGGGUUACGAAUCGAGUGAGUUUCAACCAAACGUUUCUCAAAGCCAAACAGAACAAUGUCACGUGUGUACAAGUGGCAAAAAUGGAAUUGUCAACGGCUGUGCUUGUAAGAAAUUCAACCAAUUGUUGAGCUAUCACCAGUCAUUACCAAGGAAGGUAAUGAACACCAAAAUAACAGUUGCCAAUUGUGAAAAUGGCUACCAGAAAGUGAACGGAACGCCUCCCGCUUUCCUCACUGCUCAGCAAGAAAUCGCGGACAUGAUUGAGAAUCUGGACCUGACCUGUAGAGCUCGACUGCAGGAAUGUGCCGAAUGCCUCGCCCGAAUACCACCCGACAAUUCCAAGCUGGAAAAAGUCCGCGAGACAUUGAUAUACGAAUCUAGACAGUUCGUGACUGCCUCUAAACUUUUCGUGAAAAGUAUAACAGAAUCUUCAGACAAAAUGGAGGAGAAUCUAACGACCUGUCUAGCUUUGCUCGACAGAAUCUUUGCAGUCAGUGAGCUGGUGGUAACAGAAAUGACCAUUCCAUCUCAAAUAAACUGCUUAGUAGAAAAGCUAAAAGAAAUGGCUUUGGCCUAUUCUAGAACAGUGCAAGCUGCAGAAUCUGCUGCUGCGGGUGAAAUACCGAACUCAAACAUGGCUAGCUUGAUGCACCAGGCAACAUCGCUAGCAACCUCUUUAACAGUACUAAUGAGAACAUUAAGGACUUUCAGUGGUCCUUGAGAUUAUUAGUAUCUAAGUCAUAUGAAUUGUUUUUUAAUUAUAUUUUAUAGUUAUGUUUUUUUUUUUACGAUCAUAUCUAAGCGAAGCUAUACUUAGGUUACCAAAGGCAGCAAGCUGCUCUGGAAUGUAAUUUGUACAGAAGAAUCUUAGUGUUGCAUGAGCUGAUUGGUUGUGAUGUAUCAAAACGUGAAGUCAGUUCUCAGGGUUGUCAAAUAAAAAUAGUUCAUUUAAACGAUACAGUUUUGCAGAAACUAUACUUAAACACUUUUUUUUUAACCUAUAGUAUAUAAGCCGACAGAUAAAAAAAAUAUUCCAGUUUGCAUUUUAGCAUCCCUUCCAAAUUUGAAACACCAUAUUCAAUGUCUUGUUUACACAUUUAGAUUAAUUCAAAACUGCUUGUUAACUAUCAUCAAUUUCCCACACCACUUGUAUAAACCACAUAGCCAAAAACUGUAAAUCUUAUUUAAAAAAACAAAAAAUAUAUAAAAUAAAAUCUUGUAGUUCAAGAAGUCAGUCGGCAUAACUUCUGUAUCUCCAAGUUAGUUAUCAUCCCGUAUUAAAAUGUACAGCAAUAUUAAGUUAUGAAAACGUUUCUUUUAUUUUCAUUUUUAAACCAAUUUAACCAAUUACAAUGACUAAACUUCAAAAAAAUAAUAAAUUAGUUUAUUUAUUUUUUAAUUAUUCAUAAACAAUUCACAGUCUUGAUUAUAAUUAAAAAACAGCUAUUGUUGUAAUUUUACAAUUAGGUCAAUUUUAAUGAAUAAACAAGUUUUUCCUAAUCUUUAAAACUACGAUACAUUAAUUUAUAUAUCCCAAAACCCAUGUUCAAUUUCAUGUCAUAUGAAUAUAACCAUUAAGGACCUUUAUUUAUAUGCUACUUAUUUGAUGACAGGAAAAAUUUGUACUACGAGCGAUUUUUUUAAACUGAAGAUGAUCUUAAAAUAGAUUUAUAAAUAUUUGUAAAUAUUACUUUUAACUGCAGUAUUAUGGUCGCACAUUUGCUGUUGGAAACUAUCAUUAGGAGUUAUCAAUUCCAUAUUCUUAAGUUACCAAGUUUAUGAGCUAUCAAUUUCAUAUUCAACUUCAAUUGAAUAUCAAUUAAAUUUUUACAAGUUACCAAUUACACAAUUGCUGAUUAUCAAUUAUCAUUAAAUCAUCACGAAUAAACAAUUUAAUUAGGAUGCAUUAUCAUAAGUUAUUAUUGAAAUAAAAAGUAUUUCAAGUAAAUAACAUGAUCGAUCAAUAUUGUUAAAAUAACUAUCAACUUUCAAAUAUAAAAUGUUAGGCAUUACAGCAAAUAAUAAUAUUUUAAAUAUUAGUUAUUUCUUUCCAUUACUGUAAUAAUGUAAACAAAGCUAUGUGUGAUCGCAUACAAAUGGAAAGCAACUAAUCUGCUUUCUUGGACUUGAUAUAGACAGUAAAAGAAUUCAAGACAAAAACAAUUACUUUAUACAUUGUUUUUUUUUUUAAUUUAAAAAAAUAUUGUACAUAUAACGACAUUACUAUAUAUAAUAUAAAAUGAAACACUGGAAGAAAAAAAGGAUGUAAGGGCCAAAUUGUAAAUUUCAAAAAAAAUUCUAGAAGAUACAGCAAAUCCAACUAGAAGUAGGUAAAUCAGAUCAUUUAGAGAUUUUCAGACUUUCUUAAAAGUUGCAUCUUUAAUUAAGGCGACAUAAAAAGAAAAGAUUUUGAUUCGCAUCUGAUUUUUGGCAGAAAUGCUGUCUUUGUAUAAAGAAAUAGAUAAAGAACAUUUUAUUUUUAUGAAAAUUUCAAAACUAACCAACCCAUCAGAUGAAAGCCUUAUUUGAAUAAUAGACAAUUCCACAUUUGUAAAUUUUGAGAUACAGCUUUUAAAAUUAUUGAAUAUAUUGUAUUUCCCAUCUUGUCUGAUCUGCGGGGCAGCAAAAAUAGGCUUAAGAUGUAACAAUUUUAAAAGACGAUAGAAAUAAUUUGAAAGUGUGGCUAACCCUACUUUUUUUUAAAAAGUGGAGUUGGACUACUAUUCAAAAAAGGCUUCCGAAUAUAUUAAAAAAAAUAAAUGAGCUUUCUUGUCUUCAUUAGCCCAAACUUAAAAUUGUUUCUUUUCAAGACAAAUAAGUCCCUUAGUGCUGUCCAGUCGAUUUCUAGAGAAACUGACUAACUAUCAUUUCCAAAACGUAUCCAGGUCAGUAGAAAAUGUAUUUAUGUUUUAGAAUGCAAAUUGUUCAUGUUCAUGUAAUUUGAUAAGUGUAAACAAACUUUGUAAAUAGCACCAGAUGGUUAGCCAAUGAGAGAGCUACCACAAAUGUUCUUGUACAAUACAAAUAUUUAACUAUUAGAAAGUAGCUUAAAAAAAACAAAGAUUGAAAAAAUGAAAGUUUUUAACAUACAGAAAAAAUAAAAUAUAUGUUUCUUAGAUGUUUGAGUAUGUAUUUGUGAGAUGUUCAAAGAUCUAUGAAAGUGGAAUCUUUUUAAUCUGGAAUGAAAAUGUACGCGUUAUGUGUGAAUUAAAAUAAACUUUUUAAAUGUGAAAA